AUGGGAAGACGCAGGCCAAGCUCGUUAGAAGUGGAGGCGCAGAUAUACCCCAGAGAAGAAAAAGCAAACGACUCCAGCAAUAUAGCAAGCGGCACAACACUAGGAAAUACAACACUAGGUCGAGUCAAACUAAUGCGGAAAGCAGGUGAUGAUAAGGAUAAGAGCCGUGGUGAAAUUAAGGACUUUAAAGAGAUCAAACGAGAAGAAGCGGACGAUAAAUCUGCUGUGAGCUGUGAGCAGGACAAAUCCCAAGAUACGUGGAACAAUUGGUACUCAGCAACCUUCAAUGGAGAUGAUAAGAGAAAGGAUAAAUUCCUUCGUCUAAUGGGAGCCAAGAAACAGGCCAAAGAUACUACUGUUGAAUCUACAACAUCAGGGAAAAAAGGACUCUAUGGAUCUUUAAUGACAUCAAAGUCGCCUAUCGAUUCGAAUAGCAAGGUAAACGAAUACCUUGAGAAACAAUUCAUGGAUGGGGUUAACAGAAGAAUGCAAGCCGGAAGGAAUUCUGGAUUGGGAUUUGAUUGA